GAAGCCAGACGAUUCCCUUCAGUUUGAUGAAAAUAAUGGUCUAGUCUCCGCCGUUUAAAGACCGCGUAUGCAGAACUCGUGUUCACGCGUGUCAUACACGUGGUAUUGCGAUUUGUUGUGCAGGUGUAUUUUUUUCUGAACUUUGAAGUCUGCUCCGAUCUUUAAUACUACACAGAGUACAUCAUUUUAAUCGAGAAAUAAAUGCCGUGUGCUACUUCCAGAAUGGACGAAGACAUUGUUCCAGAAGCUGGACCGGAUGUCGAGACGAAGAAGACCAAAAAAAUCAAGAAAGUUAAGAAGCCAAAGCAAGAGAAGUCGACACCUGAGGCUGACAUAGCUGAGGAGCCCUCAGCCCCUUUGGUCAAUGGGCACGCCUCGCCUGUCGAGGACGAAGUGAAAGAAGAGAAAAAGAAGAAGAAAAGUAAGAAGAGGAAACAGGAGGACAGCAACGAUGAUGUCGGCGAGGGCCCCGUCGUCCAGAAGAAGAAAUCCAAGAAGAAAGAUGUCUCGGAAGAGGGCGCCGCAUCAGAUCCAGUCAAGAAGGUCCCUGACUUGCCUGAGUUGUCACCAGAAGAGAAAGAAGGCGCUUUUCAAAACUUUCGGAUAUCUCCAAAGACGAUUCAGCUUCUGAAAGCACGCAAGAUCACGUACCUGUUUCCUAUCCAGGCAAAGACAUUCAACGAUGUGUACGAUGGACACGACGUCAUAGCUCAAGCAAGAACUGGCACUGGCAAGACCCUGUCCUUCGCCCUUCCCUUGGUAGAGAAGUUGCAGGACAUACCCCGUAAGAGCGGACGACCACCUACUGUCAUGGCUUUGGCACCCACCAGGGAGCUGGCUAAACAGGUCUGUGAGGAGUUUGAAGCCAUUAGCCCCUCCCUCACCACCUGUUGCAUCUACGGGGGCGUGGCCUACUGGCCGCAGGAGUCGGCCAUCCGUAAAGGCAUCGACGUCCUGGUGGGCACGCCCGGGCGUGUCCUGGACUACGUCCAGAAGAAGAAGCUCAACCUGACCCAACUCAAGCACGUGAUCCUGGACGAGGUGGACCGCAUGCUGGACAUGGGCUUCACGGAAUCAGUGGAGGAGAUCCUCUCGGCCGUCUACAACAUCAAAGGUUCAGCGGCUGGCCAAUCUUCGGACGGCGAGAAGCCUCCUCCGGCCAACCCACAGACCCUGCUGUUCUCGGCCACAGUGCCUGCCUGGGUGCUCAACACGGCUAGGAAGUACAUGAGACAAAACCUGCGGAAACACGACCUGGUAGGAACACAUUCAGCCAAAACUGCUAAGAACGUCAAGCAUCUGUCAAUCCGCUGCAACUACAAAGACCGGCCCAACCUGAUCAGCGACGUGAUUCGCGUCUACAGCGGGCUGAACGGUCGCAUCAUGGUCUUCUGCGAGACCAAAGUGGAGGCCAACGAACUCUCCAUGAACCCCGCCAUGAAGGUGGAUGCUCAGGUCCUGCAUGGCGACAUCCAGCAACAGCAACGGGAAAUCACACUAAAGGGAUUCCGUGAGGGCAAGUUUCAGUGUCUAGUCACGACGGACGUAGCGGCCCGUGGUCUGGACGUCCCAGAGGUCGAUCUUGUCAUCCAGUGCUCCCCUCCCAGGGAUGUUGAUUCUUACAUCCAUCGUUCGGGGAGGACAGGGAGAGCUGGUCGCUCAGGGAUCUGUAUCUGUUUCUACAAACCGCAGGAAGAACACGACAUCAAGAGAGUGGAACACCAAGCGGGGAUGAAGUUUACCAUGACUGCACCGCCACAGCCCGAGGACAUCAUCAAAGCCAACACAGUGGAAGCCGCAAAGUCACUUGAGGCAGUCCCAGCCGGCAUAGUGGAUUACUUCCGGCAAGCGGCUAGAGAUCUCCUGGUAGAGAAGUCACCGGAGGACGCCUUAGCCACAGCCCUAGCGUACAUGUCGGGAGCCACCGAGAUGAAGACACGAUCCUUGAUAACGGCUCAACAGGGCCAGAUAACCUACCUCCUGAAGACCAACUACGCGAUGUACUCGUCCCAGGACGCCUUCCAAGCGUUGGGCUUUCAGCUCUCCUAUGACGUUAAGUCCUCCAUUAGAGAGGUGCGCAUCUGUAAGGACAGGCAAUCCGCAGCGCUGGACGUACCGCAAGAAGUGGAGACUCAGUUAAUGGAACAAUGGCAAGAUUCACCGGACUGCACCUUGAGCCGUGCGACUGAGCUCCCGGACAUUGUGACGCCAGCGGGGGGACGCGGAGGCGGCGGCGGUGGUGGAGGUCGGUUUGGAGGUGGGGGCGGGGGAAGGCGCUGGGGUGGGGGAGGGGGAGGCAGGGAUAGGAGGGGAGGGGGUGGGGGAGGUGGCAGGAGAGGUGGGGGUGGGGGAGGCGGCCGAUGGGGUGGUGGUGGUGGUGGUAGAAGGGGAGGGGGUGGGGGACGCAGGAGAUAG